UCGUUGACGUUCUUUACUUAUGAGAUGAGACUGUUGGCUGUACUCUGACCACUACUGCUAUGGGUGAAGCUUUAUUGGACAUCCGUGGUCUUUCUUGUUUGAGGGAGCAAGGUCACCCGUUGUUCUCCAAGCUAACCUUCCAAGUGAAUGAAGGGGACAUUAUCGUAAUACAGGGUAAAAGUGGUUCGGGUAAAACGACUAUGCUUAAAUGCAUAGCCCAUCUAAAUCUUUACGAGGGUUCAAUUUUCUACAGAGGACAGACUCCCAAAGCUCUUGGAAUUCCCAACUACCGUACCCGUAUAUUUUAUGUCCCACAAAGACCGUCCCUGCUACCCGGCACUCCUCGCGAUUUCCUAACUGAAAUAUCCUCCUUCAAGGCCCGUAAACCGAAGAGUCACGCAGCGUCCAGCGAGCGGAACUACCCCAUUGAUGUUUCCAAGGCAUGGGGCAUAGAUGAAGAGCUCUGGGACAGAAACUGGUCCAAUCUGAGCGGAGGAGAAUCGCAGAGAAUAGCGUUGUCCAUUGCCGUAGGCCUCAACACAGCCGAAGUGCUCUUACUAGACGAACCAACCUCGGCGCUUGACCCCGACUCUUCCGCGCGGGUAGAACGCUUCAUUGCUGACGAGUUGAGGUCGUCUGAAAGUCAUCUCAAGGCAGUCUUAUGGAUCACUCAUUCUGAGGAACAGGGCAGGAGAGUUGGCACCAGGUUCCUUCGUAUAUCACUCAAUGGUUGUGAGGAGGAAACACUUCCGGAACCCUAGAAAUUUCAUAGGAUACAGCUUGGACGCCGCACUGUUAUAACAGUAUGCAUAAAGUCUCGCUAUUUUCCCAUUAUUAUGUCUGUGUAGAAGUGAGCCUUGCGAUGAGUGGAGUGUUAAGUUAUAAAUAAAUAACUGAAAACAAAAUAUGCAAAAAUAGUCCCACCGAGGAUUGAACUCGGGACCCUUGCAUGGACUG